AGUUCACAGAAGAAGUUUAAAGCUCAGCGUUUACCCUCGUGUUUACAAGUGAGAAUAAAAGUCACCACUCAGGCUCUUUGGCUCUCAGUCUUAAGCAUCUUAAAUAAGUCACCAUGGCGUCUUACACCUGCAUCAGCUGCCGGGUGGCCUUCGCCGAUGGCGAGGUGCAGCGGGCGCAUUACAAAACCGACUGGCACCGCUACAACCUGAAGCGCAAGGUGGCCGACAUGCCACCGGUCACCGCAGAGAACUUCCAGGAGCGCGUGCUGGCGCAGCGGACCGCCGCCGACCAGCAGCUGACCCACGCCACCGAGAGCUGCGGCAUCUGCAGCAAGAAGUUCUCCAGCGCCAACGCCUACCAGAACCACCUGCAGUCCCACAAGCACCAGCAGGCAGAGAGGCAGGCGCUGCUGGCGGCGCAGAGGAAGGUGGAGAGGAUGAAUGAGAAGAACCUGGAGAAGGGCGUCUGCGACGAGAAGGUGGACAACGACGCCAGGAACGAGGCGCUGCAGCAGGUGCUGAGGGAGCAGCACAGGCCCAAGACGGCCACGGUCCAGACCGCCGCCGCGGCGAGGGCGGAGAAACCGCCCCGCAUGGUGUGGCUGGAGGAGCAGGUGAAGAGACGGGAGAGAGAGGAGGGAGGAGAGGCAGCAGAAGAGGAGUGGGAGGAUGUUGAUGAGGAUGACGAUGACGACAUGGAGGAAGAUGCGGAUGAAGAGGAGCUGAUGGAGGAAGAGGAAGGCGGCUCUCCGGGCCCCCUGCCGGGCUCCGUCCCCGUCACACACUGCCUGUUUUGCCCCCACCGCUCUCGCUCGCUGCUGAGGAACGUGGCUCACAUGACUAGAGUCCACAGCUUCUUCAUCCCAGACGUGGAGUUCCUGGUGGACCUCAGGGGCCUGGUCCGGUACCUGGGAGAGAAAGUCGGUGCUGGGAACGUUUGCUUGUGGUGCAACGAGAAGGGCCGCUCGUUUUACUCCACAGAGGCGGUGCAGAGUCACAUGACGGAUAAGAGCCACUGCAAGCUGUUCACGGACGGAGACGCCGCCCUGGAGUUCGCAGAUUUCUACGACUUCAGGAGCAGUUACCCGGACCGGAGCGAGGGAGCGGAUGAAGGGACGGACGAGGAUCUGCCAGACGAGAAGAACCUGCAGUACGACAAUGAGACGAUGGAGCUGACCCUGCCUUCAGGUGCCAAGGUGGGCCACCGCUCCCUCAUGAGGUACUACCGGCAGCGGUUCGGGACGCAGCGGGCCGUGGUUCCGGGCCGCAGCGGGAACGCCGUGGGCCGGGUCCUGCGGCAGUACAGAGCCCUGGGCUGGGCGGGAGACGCAGGCGGCUCGGUCCAGCAGAGACAGAGGGACAUGCAGUACGUCCAGAGGAUGAAAUCCCGCUGGAUGCUGAAGACGGGGAUGAGCAACAACGCCACCAAGCAGAAGCACUUCAGAGCGCAGGUUAUGUUCUGAGAGGGAGAGGAAGCAGCUGCGACACAGACUGCUGCAGCUGCGACACAGACUGCUGCAGCUGCGACACAGACUGCUGCAGCUGCGACACAGACUGCUGCAGCUGCGACACAGACUGCUGCAGCUGGAU